AUGACAGAUGCAUGUCAUAUGCUUAGUGAUUCACUGUCUAUUUUCUUAUCAAUUAUUGCAAUUCGCAUUUCCAGGCUACCAGCUAAUCGACGAUUAUCAUUUGGUUUUCACCGUGCUGAAGUUCUGGGCGCAUUAUUGUCGAUUCUUAUCCUUUGUUCCCUAACAUUUCUUCUUGUAUAUUUGGCAUAUCGCAGAUUGACUGCUGAUAAAUUGGAGAUUAAUGUAGAUAUGAUGAUUGUCACAGCGAUUGCUGGAGUUGCCUUUAAUUUGAUUAUUUUUGGCGUUAUUCAUCUUUCAAAUCCUUCACAUCAUUCCCAUCAUUCUCAUUCAUCUAUGUCUAAUAUAAAUGUACGUGCGGCUUUCAUUCAUGCCCUCGGAGAUUUUAUUCAGUGCAUUGGCGUUUUAAUCGCUGCAUUUAUAAUAAAGUUUACUGGCUGGACCACUGCAGAUCCCCUCUGUACAUUUUUAUUCUCCAUAAUUGUACUGAUGACAACAUCAAAAAUAAUUUGCGAUAUUAUUAAUGUUUUAAUGGAAGGUGUUCCUUCUCACGUAGACUACGAUUCGCUGCAGGAUGAUUUAAAGAAUAUUAAUAAUGUUUAUACGAUCCAUGAUUUGCACAUCUGGUCUUUGAGUCUGAAUCGAUUAGCACUUUCAGUUCAUAUUGUUAUCGAUGAUUCAACUAAAGCAAUAGAGACAACAAGGAAAGCUGAUCAAAUAGUUCGUCUAAAAUAUGGAAUACAUUUAGCUACCAUUCAAGUUGAACUUUUUGAUAACAUAAUGUCAUCGUGCAAUUUUUGUAAAUCCCUAUAA